AUGGCAGUGCCCCAACCACGUCGAAAGAGAUUCAUUCCUAAAUAUAAUGUUGAAGGUGUACACGUAAUAACUCUUGGCGAAGAAACACAAGUUCAAAUAGAAUUGGUGGUUGGAAUCCAAAUUAAUGCACAAUAUCCUUGGAAAACUGUACAGAAAUCUAAACUCCUAGAAUCGAUUGAACUUGGGGGUGAAUUAUCGGAGUUUUUUCCGAUACGUAAAGAAAUUGAGGAAUAUCCCGAAGACGAAAUAUUAAUGGGGUAUAUAGUUGAUGAAUCAAAUAACACUGAUGACUUCUACGUAUGCUGCACAGUAGAAUCCAGAGAUCAUUGUAAGCAACAAUCAGACAGAUUUAUCCGACGACAAGAAAAGAAAUUAGAAAAAGCAAUACAAAAAAAACCAAGACCUUGGAUAGGUUUGGGCAGUGAAAUUGAAAUAAUAGAACAAGAACCAAUUAAUACAAGAACUUUAAUGGAAAUCGAGAUAAAAGCUAAGUUUCCCACUGAAUAUGAACCCCAGAAGUUUAACGUAAGGGACACUGAGGCCGUUAGAGAUGGUUUAAUUGAGUUAACACCGUACAGACAGAGGUUUAAUAAUAUUAACCGUCGAAGAAUAGACUGCGCGUGUCAAAUUAGACCAGUUUACGUAAACCAAGUUGCUCAGACUUAUCUAAAAUUUCCACAAAAUAAAUGGACUCAAUCUAUCGCAGAUACAAUGGGUCAAAUCGGAGAUCUAGAAGGUGGUGGCGAUACGGAUUUAGAAAGAGACGAUGAUGACAGUUCAGACGAAGAAAUUAACCGUAGAAAACACCCUAUUGAUGAAGUAGGAUUACGUUCAUAUAGGGCUGCAGCUGCCCGUAUGCGUCGACCAUCUUAUCAAAAAUUGAUGAAUAAAUUCAUGACAUCACGAGUAGCCGAAAUGGAGUCGAUGAUAGAGCUAAACGCUGUAAUGGAUAUGUAUUACAACGACUAUCCAAAUCUUGUUACUCAGAAACAUAUUGAUACGCUUGGUACCAUGGCUUUCGAAGAAUAUGUCUGUUUCACUGAUGUCAGAGCUAAAUUCAAGUAUGUUUCUUGUGCGGAAUUUCAUCCAAUGUGGUCUGGUAUUGUUGCAAUUUCAUACUCGGAUGUUUCCCCAACUGUCAUGCGAACGCAUACAUCUACACGUCGUGAUCCAAUUCAAAGAGCAGUCUACGGUUUAAAUCCGGUAUUAAUAUGGAGUCAUAUAGAUAGUUUACGAUCAAAACUAUAUUUAGAGUCUCCACGCGAGGUUACAACUUUAUCAUUUUGUCCUUUUAAUGAAAAUGUUCUAAUUGGUGGCUUGAUAAAUGGACAAAUUAUUAUAUGGGAUCUAACAAACAAACUGGAAAACGUUGAAAAAAUUGAAGUUUUAAGUGAAACCAGAGAAAAGUAUCGAAUAGCUAUGAAUUCGCAAAUGGGUUGGAUGAAAUCUAUUCAAGAUAGAGCUGUAGUGAAUGCUACAGCUUGUAGCAGUCUAUUAAAUUGUCAUGAAGCGGCAGUUUCUGCAAUUAAAUGGGUACCACCAACUUUUUUAAUAACACCUACUGGUAAAACUGUUCGUUCACCAGAAAAUAAAUUAUCCCUUCAGUUUAUAACUACAGCCGUAGACGGCAAAAUUUUAGUAUGGAAUAUUUCAGUUGGCGAUAUGUCAUUUGUAGAAGGCAAAAAAGUAAAGAAAUCAAAAAGGAUUGCACGUCGACCCUCGGGUUUACUUGUAGACGUGUCACCGUUUCAUGUAUUGGAUCGUAUUCUUCAGCCGUGCUACAAAAUUAUCUUAGGUACAGCAGGUCAACCCUGGGGUUACUCAAUACAGAGUUUUGGAAUAUCUGCUCCAAAAGUGAAAUAUAUUUAUACUCCGAAAAAUAACGGUACUGGAAGAAAGUAUUUUAUUUGUCAAGUCGACAAGGAAACCGAAGAGUCAAUGAAUUCAAUUUUUUAUUUCGGUACAAAACAUGGCCAGCUAACACGUGCAACUUGGGAAGGACAUGAAUUCAACACCGGGGAAACAGUAAAUUCUGAGUAUGGUGACAUAAAAUUUCGCUGUAACUUACAUGACGGUGCUAUAGUAGUUACAAGUAAAAAUCCUAUAAUGGAUUCUAUAACACUAACUGUGGGAGGAAAAAUAUUUGCAAUCUGGUCAGACUCUCUGGAAGGUCGACCAAUAAUUUGGAAAAAACGUCCAUAUCGUUUAACAGACGGAGUGUGGUCGCAGUAUAAACCAAGUAUAAUUUUUAUUUGUAAUUCAGAGGGAGAUCUUGAAACCUGGGAUUUGUUAAUAAAAAGUGAUAAACCUAUUUCUGUACAAACACUCGCUGGAUCGAUGCUUACAAAGCUUAGUUUACACACUUUGCCUUUAACUAAAAACAUUAUAGGUGUGAGUGACGUAAAUGGGUCUUUCAGAAUGUAUCUUAAUCCUCCAGUAUUUAUGCUAUCAAAAACUACUUAUGCACCACGUAUGGUGGCCAUGAUAGAGAGAGAACUAAAAGUUAUGACGUCUUUUAUAGAGUGGCAGGCAAAUUUUAUGCAGAAAAAUCCGCAUAUUUUAUUGGAAAUAAAAAGAAAGGAAGGUGCACUAUUAGCUGAAAAGGAAGAAGAAAAACGCCGAAAAAGAGAAGAGUUAGAAAAAAUGCAAGAUGAAGAAGCCGAAGCUAAGAGACAGGAGCGAAUGAAAGUUUUGGGCCCUGAAGAGAGAUGGCAGAAAAUCAUACAAAAAUUAAUAGAAAGAACAAUUGCUGUUAAAAAAAGAAUCAACAGAACACUAUUAAUAGAACACGAAAAACCGUUAAGAGAGUUAGAAAUACAGCGCUUAGAGAAAGAGAGAAGAAUGUUAGAAAUAAUGAAAAAUCAAAAAACUAUUUUCAAUGACACUGUUGCCAUUCUUUUCCCCGAAGCAAUAAAGAAACCAUAUAAAUCAAAGAAAAGUUUGCUUUCCGAUAACAAAGAGGCGCUUAAAAAGGAAUAUUUAACUGAAUAUCGUUACAUUAAAGAAAAUGCAAGAGUUAUGGUAAAUAAAAACCCAUAUAAAGCAGAUUUUCGGUGGGAAGCUACACUUGCUGAAGGUAAAGAAAGAAGAGCUGCAUUGAAUAUUCAACAAGAUUAUGCGAAAAUGCACUACAGUAGAAUUGAAGGGGAACAAAAUCAACGAGAUCCAAUGAAAGCGCCUGUUAAAAAUAUUACCAAAAAGAAAGAAGAAGAUGAAGCAGAAGCCGAAGUAGAAAAAGAGGGAGAAGUAGAAGGUGGAGUAGAUGAAGAACCAACUAAUUGA